AUGCAAAGUUCUAAAGAGGGACAAAGAAAUUUUUCUACCCAAGUUUCACAAUCAACAGAUACAAAUGAAAAUGGAGGAGUUGAGGAUACUAUCUUAUUAGAAAGAAUAAGAGCAGCGUAUAAGGAUACUUUUACUCAAUCCUCAUUUUCAUAACUAAAAAAUUACUAAUUCUAGAAUGAUAUUGUAACAGGAGAACCUACAAAAGUGCUUUCGUGCGCAUUCGAUAAUACAACAUAAUUUUUAGCUUCAGCUAAUUCUGAUGGUCUCGUAAAUAUUGCUUAUUUGGGGAAAGAUUACAACAUAGUUCCAUUAGUAGAUCCCAAAUAGAAACCAGGUCCUGCCACAUGCGUUAAAUGGAGACCUGGUUAAGUCGUAGAGCAAUUAAAGCACACAUUGUUGUCAACAUAUGCUAAUGGAAGUAUUAUAUAUUGGCAUGCGACAUCUAAAUAAUCAUUGUUUAAUUUAGAAGAUAAGGAUAAUCAAAUCAAUUGUUGUGAGUUUUCAUUGGAUGGAGAUAAGUUUGUAAUAGGUGGUUCUGAUUGUCAUGUUAAACUUUAUGAUUGCGGAAAAUUGAGUAAGGCUCCUACUACUUUUGUAGAAGGUCAAUCAGCUGUUCAUUAGAAUCGAAUAUUUGGUAUGAAAUUUAAUUAAGGCGAUCAUAAUUAACUUUAUACAGGAGGAUGGGAUAAAAUGGUGAUUUAGUGGGAUUUGAGACAAAAGAAAUCAACUGGUUAUAUUUUUGGUCCUUGUGUCUUUGGAGACUCUAUGGAUUCAAAAGGGUUUUAAUUGAUCACUGCAUCCUAUAGAGAUGAAAAACAAUUAGAAAUUUGGGACACCAGAACUUUAAAUAAAUUAUAGACUAUUGAAUGGGCUGAGUAUGCAAAUAAUGUUUAAGGAUUACUACCUAAACACAAUGUUAGUAAAUUGUAUGCUUGUAAGUUUGAUAAGAGAACCAAUUAUAUUUAUGCGGCAAAUGCUGGAAGUGUAUUUUCUGAAAUAAGACAAUUUGAUUCCUAGUAUAGGUGUGUUGAUACAUAUUGCUGUUCAUUAAGUGGGGUAAUGACAAUCGAUCAUAAUACAAGUUACAAUAAACUAAGUUAUGGAACUUCAGAUGGUAAAUUGGGUGUACUGAAUUUAGUAAAUUGA